AGCGGUGAUGGAGUUGAACCAGCUGAACGACCUGCCGGAGAUGACCGAAGCGGACCUGAGCAUGGUACAGGCGGUGGCCUACACCGCCAAGCUGAUCGGGCGCGAGAGCGAAGUACCGAUGGUGUCGAUGGAUGGUGAAGCCCACCCGAACAUGACUCUGGCCGCCGUUGGACUCGGUGUACUGGUGGCACUGAUCAUUCUCCUCACGCUGAUCGCCUUCAUAACACGCCGCGAGCGAAGCUCGCAAACAAAAGACCCGCAGCUAGAUAGUGCCGUAAACACAUCCGCCACCGGAAGGACGAAACCGGUUGAGACGAACGCACAGAAACCACCGGCCGGACCGCGCUGCGUAACGUUUGCGAACGAUAUGGAGCUGGUGGACGUCGUGACGCGCAUGUGAACAUACGGCAGGACCCUCACAGCGAGUCCUUGUUGGUUUAUAGUCAACA